AUGAGAUUUGGGGUUCGGGACGUGGGCUCAGAGGGAUUAUCGGAGUCUACCUUGAUUGACAAUACGAUGACGGGGUGCAAACUCAGCGUGUGUGAGUACACGUGCAACAUUCGCUCGUACCUAAAGCAGUUGUGCAAAAUGGAGGCUAAGCAAGAGCCUGUGACGACCAAAAUCAAUAAACGUUAUGAGGUGGAGGAGAGAAAGGUGAGAGAAGCGCACAAGGGGGCAAUGGAGCGUAGGAAUGAGCUCUUCAAGCUUAUAGAGUCACACUCAACGGUGGAGUCUUAUGCACGGGUAAAACAAGUGCCGCGGCUAGACUGCAAAGUCUCCAGCUAG